GCGGUAGGUAAUUCCUGUUACAAAUCGUGCUGAGAGCACUGUGCACUGCCAGUUUUAACUGCCCAAUAUAUGAUGAAAUGAAAUUAUUCGAUAUUUUAAUUAGUGAAAAAACAAACGAACAUAUUCUAACAGUGGCACCUUAUAGAAAGUUUUCAUAGCAUUCAGGUUGAGCGACAGGUUUAAAUCAAAAUGGGGAGUCGAUUGCCUCCCAUGCCCAAAAUAUCUGAAAUUGUGAAGAUGUACAAACUGAGUGCAACCAAGAAGCUCUCUCAGAACUUUCUUCUGGACAUGAAUGUAUGUCAUAAGUUUGUCAAAUGUAUAUCUGUCACAAAAGGGAUGUACAUUUGUGAAGUAGGACCAGGGCCAGGGGGAAUAACCAGGGCAUUAUUGGAAAGUGAUGCAUUGAAAGUUCAUGUGAUUGAAAAAGAUUCAAGAUUUAUUCCACCACUGGAGAUUUUAAGAGCAGCAUCAGGAGGCAGAUUAGAGGUACAUCUGGGAGAUGCCAAACAUUUUGACAUUGGUGGUACAUUUCCAUUGGAUUAUUCAAGGCCAUGGCUGCGGAAUAUUCCGAAUAUGAACAUAGUGGGAAAUUUGCCAUUCAAUGUGUCUCUUGGACUCUUACUUCAGUGGUUGGAACAAAUUUCAAAUAGAAGUGGUCCAUGGCGACAUGGUCGUGUUCCAAUGACCCUGACUUUUCAACAUGAAGUGGCAGAGAGACUGCUAGCAGAAAAAAAUUCUGAACACAGAUGUAGACUUUCAAUUAUGUGCCAGCAUUUGUGCAAAGUUCGCUAUAGAUAUCAUAUUCCUGGAAAGGUUUUCGUGCCACCUCCUAAAGUCCAUGCUGCAGUAGUUAAUUUAGAGCCUUUGAAAAUACCCCUUAUAAACCAAUCAUUUCCUGUGGUUCAAAAAGUGACGGCUGCUAUAUUUCACUACAGACAGAAACACAUCAGGAGAGGAGCGAAAGAUUUGUUUCCCUCCGCCAUGACAGGCCUUGUGGACGAGUUGUUUAGACUAUCAGAUGUGGACCCCACACAUCGAUCCUUCACGCUCACCAUGGAGGAAUGGAGUAGACUGUGUGAUACAUAUGCCAACUUUUGUAAUGAAUAUCCCAGAUUGUUGGACUACAAUUACAGGGAUCCAAAUUCUAGACUUUUAAUGGAGGAAACCGUGCCUGUUUCACUAAAUGUAUCUGAUGUGAAAUAAAACAUUUGAAACUAA